CGGCGGUCAGACAGGCGGCAAAAUAGAGAGUGACGGCCACCCAGCGGCCGGGACAGCGGUUAGCUGUACUUUCAUGUAGUAACCGGUUAGUUAUGUGAACCGCGACUCGAUAUACGACCGUAAAUAUGCCUGCGUUGGUUCAAAACUGCGCCACUGGCUGAGACUUCUCUGAGUGUAAGUAAACUAACCAGAUAUACCGCCCUCCCUGCUUUUCUCCGGUCGCGUUCAGUUCCUCACCUCCAGUAUCUGGUGUCUUAAUGGCGGACGCAAAGGAACCAGCCCCGGCAAGCGUGGAGGAGGAGGAGACGGACCGUAUAAACGACGCAGAGCUGGCUCUGAAAGGAAUCAAUAUGCUACUCAACAAUGGGUUCAAAGAGAGCGACGAGCUCUUCAGAACAUACAGGAACCACAGCCCUUUGAUGAGUUUCGGGGCGAGUUUUGUGAGUUUUCUGAAUGCAAUGAUGACAUUUGAAGAGGAGAAAAUGCAAAUGGCUUUUGAGGACCUCAAGGCUACAGAGAGACUCUGUGAGAGUGAAAACACUGGUGUCAUUGAGACCAUUAAAAACAAGAUCAAGCGCAGUAUGGACUCUCAGAGGUCAGGGGUGGCUGCAGUGGACCGACUCCAGAGGCAGAUCAUCAUUGCAGACUGCCAGGUUUACCUGGCGGUUCUAUCUUUUAUCAAACAAGAGCUGUCAUCAUAUAUCAAAGGAGGCUGGAUCCUCCGUAAAGCUUGGAAGAUGUACAACAAAUGUUACAACGACAUCACACGUCUACAAGAGGCCAACAAAAGGAGGGGCUCGGAACAGGAAGCAACGCCAUCUCCAUCCUCCGGCUCUGCCCUGACCCACCACAGUCACUCCUCUUUGCCCAGGCCAAGUCCAUCACAGAGACUGGAUUGCAUCAGCCCUGAGGCUCUGGAUCGGCUGCAGGGUUCAGUCAGUUUUGGUUAUGGUCUCUUCCACCUCUGUAUAUCGAUGGUGCCACCGCACCUACUGAAGAUUGUCAAUCUGCUGGGCUUUCCUGGAGACCGCCACCAGGGCCUGUCAGCUCUCACUUACGCCAGUGAAAGUAAGGACAUGAAGGCCCCUUUAGCUACCUUGGCCCUGUUAUGGUACCACACAGUAGUGCAACCCUUCUUUGCUCUGGAUGGCACAGACACACAGUCAGGCCUAAUGGAAGCCAAAUCCAUUCUUAAACAAAGAGAGGCUAUCUAUCCCAACUCCUCUCUCUUCAUAUUUUUCAAAGGCAGAGUUCAACGCCUUGAGUGCGAGAUCAGUAGUGCCUUGACAUCCUUCAGUAGUGCCUUAGAUCUGGCCUCUGACCAAAGGGAGAUUCAGCACGUCUGUUUAUAUGAAAUAGGCUGGUGCAGCAUGAUCGAACUGAACUACAGCGAAGCCUAUAGAGCGUUUGACAGAUUGGCGACCGAAUCUCGCUGGUCCCAGUGCUAUUACGCCUAUUUAACUGGAGUGUGCCAAGGAGCCACAGGUGAUCUGGAGGGAGCUGUUGCCGUUUUCAAGGAUGUUCAAAGACUUUUCAAACGCAAGAAUAAUCAGAUAGAGCUGUUUUCCACGAAGAGGGCUGAGAAGCUAAGGAGCUCCAGUUUAUUCAAAGAACUCUGCAUCCUGUCAGUGAUUGAGAUUCUGUAUCUGUGGAAAGCUCUGCCCAAUUGCUCCAAUGCCAAGCUGCAGACAAUGAUACAAGUGUUGCAGGGGAUUGAUGACGCCUCGUGUGAAGGUCUGAAAAACCUGCUUCUUGGUGCCAUAAGCAAAUGUCUCAAUAAUACCAAAGAUGCCAUUCAGUAUUUCCAUCUGGCUGCAAGGGAUGAGGUGGGCCGUCUGAGCAACUCUUAUGUGCAGCCUUACUCCUGCUAUGAACUGGCCUGUGUGCUGCUGAACUCCCCAGAGUCUGCAGGGAAGGGCAGAAUGCUAAUGCUUCAGGCCAAGGAGGACUACGCUGGCUAUGACUUUGAGAACAGACUCCAUGUUCGUAUUCAUUCAGCUCUCGCCUCUAUGAAAGCCUCUGCCCAGCCUUGAAGUUUAAUCUGUUACAAAUGUCUUUGAAAACACCAAAAUAUAAUUAUGGACACUUUGACUUUAAAAUAGUUUGUUUAUACUUUUACAUUCUGAGCCAAUGCAUUGUUUAGAAUGCAAACAUAAAUGUUUCAUGAAAAACAAACAAACAAACAAAAAAAAAAAAACAGG